AUGACCUUUCACUUGCAUUCACACUCCAGCCAUCCUGCCUCGUCGUCGUCGUCGUCGUCGCAACAUAAUGCCCAGCAAAUGCCGGUUGGUGUUGCUUCUGGCAUCCUACAAGCUGCAAAUCUAGGUUCUCUUGGAGCCCCUGGGAGCAAUCUCAUUGACGCCCACGCCGUUUCGGGCAACACUACGACAGCUGGCACUGAUAGACUCUACCCCGCGAGUGGGAACGUCAAUAAUACCGCUAUGAAUAUGAACAGCUCCGAAGGCCAGUCUGCGCCCCCUUCCUCCUACGGUCUGCAGCACCCCAUCUCUUCUACCAACUCGCCCUCCGCCAUGAACCACGCACAACAGUUUGAGACCCCUCGUCGCCGAAACCUCGAUGAGCUUCACCUGGGCUCCAACGCUACCAAUAUGAGUGCCCCAAGAGAUCCUUUGUCGCCUAGGGAUUAUACACCUGCUGGUCCACGUAUCGGUGUUGAACAAGCCACUCCUGGAAGUAGUCAGUAUCAGGGCGGUGCGCAGCUUCCUGGGUCUCUGCAACCAGGCAGACCGGGUCCUAUGUCAGCAAACUCAGGAUCUACAAUCCCUACGGCUUCUCAGACUUCGAUUCAAGAACAGUAUUCGACACCAUCUCGAUCUUCAACUGUAGGCUUAUCGCACAAUUACACACGAUCUAGUCCUGCAGGCUUUGAUGGCGCGGGCUAUGGUUCAUUUGGUGCCACAACACCAGGCGGUACCGAUCAAUACACGUCUCCAACAAACCAGAAGUACACCCCGCAAAAUGCGCAGCGAACGGUAUCCAAUACUCCACUGGGUUUAGCUGAUAUCCGUCCUCGUGCGGACUCUGGUCUUGACGACAGCAUUCCAGGAGCCAAUCCCUAUUCAUAUGACGGCGCAAAUGCGGUCCCUACGAAUAGUAACUACCUUGCGCCUUGGGCUAUAUAUGCUUUUGAUUGGUGCAAGUGGCCAGCUCAGGGUCAUGAUGCUGGAAAGGUGGCUGUGGGAAGCUACUUGGAAGAUGGCCACAAUUUUAUUCAGAUUCUCGAUUCUCAAAUUACCCCUACCCCAGCCGAAUCGUACACGCCGGGCUCUCCAAAGUACGGCUUAGACUUUGUAAAGAUUGCUGAAGCAACACACUCUUACCCGGUAACACGUUUGCUGUGGGAACCUCCAUCAUCCCAGAAGCAAUCGACAGAUCUUUUAGCCACAUCUGGAGACCAUUUAAGGUUGUGGUCUUUGCCUUCCGAAACACCAUCUGCUUCUCCAGGGAAUUCCAUUACCAGAUCUUCCAACCAGGGGCGAGAUCUACCAGCCAGCAAGCUUACUCCCUUAGCAUUGCUGUCCAACUCGAAAACGCCCGAGCAUACAGCGCCUUUGACUUCUCUUGAUUGGAAUACAGUUUCACCCAGUCUUAUCAUUACAUCGAGCAUCGACACGACCUGUACGAUCUGGGAUAUACCAACGUUGACUGCAAAGACCCAAUUGAUUGCACACGAUAAAGAGGUCUUCGAUGUGAGGUUCUGUGCCAAUAGUGUUGACGUUUUCGUCAGCUGUGGUGCAGAUGGCAGCGUGCGUAUGUUUGACUUACGGAGCUUGGAGCACAGCACCAUCAUAUACGAACCAACAGCUAAGGAUGACAAAGAUGCCAGUCCUGGCGGGGGAAGGAUAAGUCCAACGCUCGCCCAGCAAACAAUGUCAUACGCACCUCCACUUUUGCGACUAGCUGCUUCACCACAUGAUACACAUCUUCUGGCUACGUUCUCUCAAGAUUCAAAUAUUAUCCGGAUACUAGAUGUACGGCAACCAGGGCAAGCAUUACUAGAGCUUCGAGGCCAUUCCGCAUCUGUCAAUUGCAUUGAGUGGUCGCCUUCUCGAAGAGGGACUCUGGCUUCGGGGGGUGACGAUUCGUCGGUGCUUAUCUGGGACUUACUCCAACAAAGUACUGCACAUGCACCACCGGGUCCAGCUAUCAAUGGAGCCCAAGCUGCGGACAAUUCUCGUGGACCAACAUCAAGCUGGCAGUGCGACUAUGAAGUUGGAAACAUAAGCUGGGCGCCACACAGUGGUCUGAAUAAUGAUGGAAGCGAAUGGCUUGGAGUUAGCGGGGGUAGAGGUAUAUGGGGCGUGAAGCUUUGA